AUGCCGCGGAGGAGACACAGAGUUCUGGGCCACUACCCAGCAUCGCCCCAUGAGUUGCGCAGCUCCCUGGGGUUUCGAACCAGCGGGUUUUUGGGCUCUUCCCUCACUGCAGAUCUGGGAAGGACUGCCGGACUUCGAGGUUUGCGUUUCUGCACGGAGCACUCGCCCCAGCAGUGUGUGCGGGGUAACCCGGAGAGCAGACACCAUCUUGCAGAAGGAGGUGCAGUGCCCCAAGAGGAGCAAGCCGAUGUGCAGGUCCUGUACACGGGCAAGAGCCUGAAGCAACGGUGGCGCCUUUGCCAAACGCCCGGCCAGGGCGAAAGCCUCGCUGAAGGGGCCGCCUGA